AUGUUGUUACAACCACCAGACAAGUUGGAGUCAUGUCUAGAAGUCAGAGCAUUGAGGUUCAUCAUGUUGCGUUGGUUGAAGAACAAGGGCAGAAGCACACCAGCUGUCGUUUACAGUGGUGCAUACUCCGUCACAUCUUCUGAUUAUAGAUAUGGUUUUCAUUCAUCGAUUAUUAAGAAUCCAGAACGUUCCGAAGGAUGCUUUCCCGAAACAGCACCACAUGAUAAACUAACAUUACCACAUGCAUCAACUGAACAUAUAUAUGAAGAUAUUGAUGAUGGUAUCUCCCAAGCUGAGCCGUAUUCUAUAACUUCACUUGAUGACUUGAUUGACCAGAAUCCUUUAAACAAAGUAUAUUUCAAGAAGUCUCUUGCCAACAACCUAUCUUCAGAUAAUGGACUGGACAAUAGACAGUCCUCUGAAGAUGCUGAAUCCACUAUAUCCGCUAGUUACCAAUCCAUAUCCGGACCAUCAACAGAAUACGUAUCAACAUCAUCAUCAUGUUACCAGCCAAUAAACACACUAGCACAUUCCACUCAGCAAACUCUUACCAGACAAAAGAAAAAGAAAUUAAUCAAGAUCAAGUCUAAAGCUUCUUCAAUAUUUAGAGUCAGAAAAUGUAAAAGGUGGAUAUCCAAUCAUUUCAACGCAACUAAACCACGAUCAGAAUCCAGUGAUGAGGAUUAUCCACAAGUUCAUGUUAUCAGACCACGAUUUGAAUCUACAAGACAGUUUACUCGAAGGCGUUUAGCCUUAAAGAAGAUUGAAGAUCAUUGGUUUGAUUCCGAUGAAGAUUCUAGUGUUUUAUCCGAAGAUUCAUUUUACUCAAGGAUGGACAUUUCGGAUUUGUGUCAAGAUCCCAUUAUCCCGGCUCAAAGUGAAGCAUCAACACAGUGUGAUAUCGAAUCUGAUUCAGGACUUUCAAGUCUACCAGAGUCAUCGUCGCCCAGUGAGAAUUCAAAUCACGAAUCUAGUAAAGAAGAUCCAAUAGUUAGUGAAGAAGAAGAAAAUGAAGAAGAACUUCCUUUAUUUAAACCACGAACAGGUUUUGGUUUGAACCGAUGGUACCGACCCUGA